CGAGAAUAGUCCACUAGGUCGACGGAGAAGCUGUGCGCCACCAUUCCAUUCCAUUCCAGUAAGCAUAAUACAGUGUGAACAGAGUAAAUCAGUAAAAUACAACAUACAGUCUAUCAUAGUCAGAAUUGAGAACAAUCGUUGGUGUGGAACGUGACAAUGGUGGCGACGAACGUGAAGGCAGAAACCAUGUCUCUGAUGGACAAGCGCAGCGCCUUGGAGGCUGAGAUGAACUCCAUCAUCGCCCGCCUCUCCCAGCCAGGCGCUCCUGGCCUCUCCGGAAAUCUCGUCGAUUCCGAGGAUUUUCCCCAUUCCGAUAUCGACGUCCCCGUUGUUCGAGCCGAACGACGUCGCCUGGCAGAGCUGCGCAGCGACCACAACGAAGUAACUGAUAAAAUUAACCUAAAUAUUCAGAUUCUCCAUUCGGCAAGACUCGGAAAUAGGUCAUUCAAGAAUUCAGGUAAUGAUGAUGGUUCAGAUACUCAGGUCUCAUCAAAUAUGGACACUGUUGCAUCAACACCGUCACAAAAUGUCCUUCUGAUACGAUCUCCCAACUCUAUGGAUGUGAAUGUGUUGAUUAGUAGACCAUUUGCAAUGGUAGACGAGAUAGCAGAUGCAUCACCAGCAGUAGAGGAUGGUUUACAACUUGGGGAUCAAAUUUUGAAAUUUGGCAAUGUGGAAGCAGGUGAUAAUUUGCUCCAAAGGCUUUCUUCCGAGGCUCAGUCAAAUCUGGGUUGUGCAGUACCAGUUGUUAUUAUGAGGCAAGGCACAGUAAUCAACUUAACUAUUACACCUAGACCUUGGCAAGCUAGAGGACUAUUGGGAUGUCAUUUUCGGAUCUUGUAGGUGCCAUGAACUAAUUUUUCACAUGAUGGUGGUCACGGUUUUUCCUUUUGAUGCAUUUCCCACCCGGAGUUCUUUACCUUAUGAUAUUCAUCUUGGCAAGACUCUAUAUAUGUAAUAGAUAAUUACAUUACAGCCGACCUUCUUUGAUUGUGGUGCACUUUCUUUGACUCAAUAAUGUGUUACGCUUUUUCUGAUCAUUUUUCUUUUAAAACGCAAAGUAAUUUUAGAUAUCAUAAUGGUAAAUUUAUGUCAA